AUGUUUUCAUUAGGAGUUCAAAGCAGACUUAUGACCAGAAGAUCAUUAUUUAGAUCAUUCAGAUUUAACUCAACUACUACUGCUCCAUCAAAAUUAACAUGGGUUGAUUACUUUCAAAUGAAAAAGCAAAAUACCAGAAUCAACACUAUUGCUGGAAUUUUCACUGGUUUUGGUGGUGCUUUUAUUACAUUGAGUUACUUGGGUAAUAUUGAAAUAGAUGUUGAAAAACCAAUCAUGGGUUUUGAUCCAUUAAUGAUUAUGGGAGGUGCCGUUGUUUUAGGGGGAUUGGUUGGAUAUUUAGUUGGUCCAUUUAUUGGUUCAUUUGUGUUCCGUAUGAAAAACAGAGCUAAUUUGAAACAAUUUGAACUUAGAAACAGUGAAUUUUUAACUAGACUUAGAGCUAACAGACCAGAUCCAUCAUCUCAAAGUUUCUCCAACCCAAUCCCAGAUUACUAUGGUGAAAAAAUAUACUCCUUGAAGGAUUACAAACAAUGGUUGAGAGAUUGUAAUGCUUUUAGAAGAAAAGCCAAAGAAUUCCUUUAG